AUGUUAAAAGCAAAUGGAUCACGUUUAACGGAAAGCAUUUUACCAAACAUUAAUCAGCGGUUUACUUCAUCAAAUUGUCCAGUGUUCCAGGGUACAAAGCUUCGUGUUGUAACGUUGGAUGCGUUGAAUACAUUAAUUCGUUUAAAACAAUCACCAGGACAUACAUAUGCAAAUUUUGCCAAGCGUAUCAAUGUUCAAUGCAAUGCCGAUGAAUUAGAUGAUGCAUUUCGACUAAAUUUUAAAAAUUUGUCGAAACGAAAAUUAUGUUAUGGGUUUAAGAAAGAUGGUGAAAUAGCAUGGUGGAUUGAGCUGGUGAAGAAUUGCUUCGCAGAUGUUGGUGAGAAUAGUGUCGGGAUAGACAAAGUGGCUCAUGAACUUUUUGUUUAUUACGGUUCUGUAGAUCCAUGGAAAUUAGUUGACAAUCAGGUGCACGAUCAUUUGAAGGAGCUGCAAAGUCGGAAAAUUCGAUUAGGUAUAAUAUCAAAUUUUGACAGACGUCUUAGAAAUAUUCUGGAAGGCUUAAAGCUGUCGUCCUAUUUCGAAAUGAUGCUUUUAAGCGGAGAAAUAGGUAUGGAAAAACCAAAUAAGCAAAUUUUCGAAAAAGCUGCGAAAUACUUUCAAAUCAAUCAAAUGGAGGAAAUGCUUCAUGUAGGUGAUGACGAAGAGAAGGACUUCAAUGGUGCAAAGAAGGCAGGUAUAAGGGCCGUUCUAUUAAGGCCUGAGAAAGUAUCAGCAUGUGAUAAUAAGCAAAAUAUUCUUUGCUCGUUGAAAGAUAUAAUUGAUAGAUUGGAAUAA